AACAUUAUUUUAUAACCUCAAUGUUUUAACUUCUGUCUCGUGGAUAAUCAUGUGUUUGAUUAGUUUGUUUACUUAUUUGUAAAACAAUUUCUAAAACAUAAUGGGUAAAAAGACUAAAAUUGGAAAACAGCGAAAAGAUAAAUAUUAUCAACUUGCUAAAGAAACAGGUUUUCGGUCCCGUGCCGCAUUCAAAUUAAUUCAACUAAACAGAAAAUUUGGUUUUUUACAAAAAUCUCGAGUAUGUAUCGACUUGUGUGCCGCGCCUGGUGGCUGGAUGCAAGUGGCUCAUCAAAAUAUGCCUGUAUCCAGUAUCGUGAUAGGCGUCGAUUUAUUUCCUAUUAAGCCCGUACCUGGCUGUAUAGCUUUGACAGAGGACAUUACUACGGAGAAAUGUAAAACAGCUAUAAAAAAAGAGAUAAAGACCUGGAAAGCUGAUGUUGUACUACAUGAUGGUGCACCGAAUGUUGGUCUCAACUGGAUACAUGAUGCAUACCAGCAAGCUUGUUUGACACUUAGCGCCUUGAAAUUAACAACAAAUUUUCUAAGAGAAGGAGGUUGGUUUAUAACAAAGGUGUUCCGAUCAAAAGAUUAUCAUGCACUUUUGUGGGUUUUCAAGCAAUUUUUCAAAAAGGUUCACGCAACCAAGCCGCAAGCCUCCCGAAAUGAAUCAUCUGAAAUCUUUGUUGUUUGUCAAGGGUACAUAGCACCGGAUAGUAUAGAUCCAAAAUUUCUUGAUCCUAAGAGUGUAUUUGAAGAUUUGGAAAUAGUAAAAAAACAGCAUUUAAAUAUAAUGCACCCAGAGAAGCAAAAGAAAGCAAAAGCUGAAGGGUAUAAAGAAAAUGACUACACAACACAUCAUAAAGUACCACUUUCUGAAUUUCUUAGCCAUGACGAUCCAAUUGAUCUCUUACAAGGUUGCUCUGAAAUUGUGAUUGAUGAUGAAGGAAUAUUAAGCAAUCCAAAAACAACAAUUGAAAUAAAAGAAUGCUGUAAAGAUAUAAAAGUACUUGGUAGAAAAGAUUUAAAAGCUUUAUUGAGUUGGAUGAAGCAAAUGAAAGAAUGGAAAUCAAAGGAGGUUUCACCUAAGGAAAUAGAACCUGUUGACACUAAAGAAGAUGAGACUGCGGAUAAAGAAGCAUCUGAAGAUGAUAAAGAUGUUGAUACAGAAAUUGCAGAAUUACAGGAUGAAGAAAGGCGUUUGCAGAAAAGAAAGAGAAAACAACUAAAUAAACAGAGACAAAAGUUGGCAGAGAAAAUGAACCUCAAAAUGGUUCUUAAAGGUGAUGGAGGACCUAUACUGGAGAGUAAUGAUAUGUUCAAACUGUCGGAUAUUAAAAAUGCUAAGGAAUUGGAGCAACUGGUUGACCAACAACCUGAUAUAUUGGCAGAAGGAAGUGAUGAUUCAGACAGCGAGCUCAAAUCUAAGCCAAAGUAUAUGAAAUAUGAUGUUGAAGCGUCCAAAUUGGACUCUUCCGGACUCUAUUACAAAGAUUCUGAUAGUGAUUUGGAAAUGGAAAGUGAUUCAGAAGAUGAAAAGGAAAAAGAAUCUUUAGCCUUCUCAGACUCGGACAAUGAAUCAAAGAAAAUUGACAAACUCACAAAACUUAAUACUUUAAGGAAUAGUAAAAUUGAAAGAACACCAACUAUACCGAAAAAUAAUCCUCUUUUGACGGAUUUAGAUGAUACAGACCCUGUAUCAAAGAGAUCUAUGAAAGCAGAUCUUUGGUUUCAGAAAGAUAGUUUUAAAGAUAUUGAUGAGGAUGAAGAUGAGGGCAUUGAUUUGGACAAAUUAGCUGAAACAUACAGACAGAAGGGUAAAAAGGUAUCUGAAGAAAAUUUAUCAUCUACAAUGGGAAAAGGUGUAAAACGUAAAUCAGACAAGUCUGAAAGCUCCGAUGGUGAUUCUACAGAUAGUGAUUAUGAUGUAGAGGACAAUGUGUCACCGGCAAAUGGACCAGAUUCUGGGAAAACCAACAAAAAAGAUGGAUUUGAAGUUGUAUCACAAGAUCCAGAGUUAAAAAGAUUGAAGAAAACGUUAAAAAUGGAUGCAGAGACGUUAGCAUUGGGCACAAUGAUAGCAACAUCAAAGAAAUUUAAAAGGGAUUUAAUUGAUAAUGCAUGGAACAGAUACGCCUUUAAUGACAAAAACUUGCCUGAUUGGUUCGCUGAAGACGAAAAGAAACAUAUGCAUAAGGAGGUUGUUGUACCCGAGCAAUAUGUAGAAGAAUAUAAGAACAGGAUGCAGGAUAUCAAUGUGCGUCCAAUUAAGAAGGUAGUUGAAGCUAAAGCUAGGAAGAAGAAGCGUAUGAUAAAGAAGAUGGAACGCGCAAAGAAGAAGGUCGAAGCUGUAAUGGAGAAUGCAGACAUGUCGGAACGUGAAAAGGCCCAACAAAUUAAGCAAUUGUAUAAAAAGGCUAAAACAGAAACCAAAAAGAAGGUUACUUAUGUGGUCGCUAAGAAACAUACUACGGCCAAGCGAAUGAAGCGGCCGGCGGGAGUCAAGGGACACUACAAGGUGGUGGAUCCUCGCAUGAAGAAAGACUUGCGCGCCCAAAAGAACAAGGAGAAAACUAAAGGUAGAGGAAAGAAAGGUGCUGCUAAUAAAAAAGCACCUCCGAAAAAGAAGGGUAUGAAGAAAGCUAAAUAAGUGAUGUAUAUUGUUAUAGUCCAAUAAACAAUUUUUUAUCAGU